GACAGUCUCCCAGCUAAAAAUGUCAAAAUAAGAAAAGCGUUCCCCGUCAGUGUCCAAAAAAUUGCAAUUUUUGCCCAUAAAUAGGCCAAAAAAUAAUAAAAUUGUAUGUGUAAUCGCAUCUUGGGGGCUCAGGGCAUCGUUUAGUGUAUCAUACGUGUGGGUAGUCCGUGGUUGUGGGCAGAAAAAUGACCGUGAAUUUUUCCGGCACAUUACAACAACAAAAACAAUAGUGUGGGGCAUUUUUUUGUACGCUCGCAAUCCGAAUGAUUUAUGAAUGAAAUAAUAUAGGACAUUGCUGAAAAUCAAUCGUCGAGACCUGUGUUCACCAGUAAACGGGAGGAAUGUCCACGAAAUGCGAUGAAGAGUCCGAGAAAGACGCUGAGAAACACAAUGACAGCGAUAUUGGCGAGGAGGACGAGAAGGAAGAGACGCGCUCACUUGUGCCAUUUAGCAACAGCAAUGGAGCCGUGCUGGGGCGCACAGUCACCCUGCAGAUGCUCCUCGCUGCAAAGAUUCUGCAGCCUGGCAAGUCCGCAAUGACCAUUGAAUAUCUCGGUCAAAAGUUUGUGGGCGACCUGCUGCCGGAUGGUAAAAUAAAGUCCCAGGAAACGGAGACGGUGUUCUGUUCUCCUAGCGCCUGGGCCAUCCACUGCAAAAGGAUUAUAAAUCCAGAUAAAAAGUCAGGAUGUGGAUGGGCGUCUGUGAAGUAUAAAGGGAAGAAAUUGGACGCCUACAAAGCUGCCUGGGUGCGGAAAUGUCAAUUAAAGAGAGGCACUUCACCGUGUCCAGAUCCUGACCCAGAACCGGAGAAAAAGGAAGAAGUUCCAGAGCCAAUAAAAAGAAUCCCAGUCACAUUUAAUACAAUAAGUGAUCGAAAUAUCGUACACGAUGGCAAUACCCUCGUGGAAGUUGUUCCAUUCUCCAUACUCGGACGCCCACAGCCCUUCCUUGUGUCCGUGUCUACGUCUGCCGUACUCCUGCUGGACUUCCACUGUCACCUAACCAACCGUGAGGUUUGCGGCUACCUCGGCGGUACAUGGGAUCCCCAGGCACAGCGUCUCUCCAUUACGCACACCUUCCCUUGCCGAAAUUCUCGGCAUGAUCGAGAAAAGUCCGGAGAUGUGGAGAUUAGCAUACAGAAGGCAAUGUUGGAGAAGAAUGUGAGUCUCGUUGGGUGGUAUCAUUCACAUCCAAAAUGCGGCCCCUAUCCCAGUCUCCGUGACUGUGAUGCCCAAAUGGAUUAUGAAAUUCGCAUGAGGGGUCCCACUGAAGCAUCCUAUGCCCCGAUAAUUGGAAUUAUUUGCUCUCCCUACAACGAAGAUAAUCCAACAAUGGAGUCUGCAAUCGUGAUGUAUUGGGUCAUCCCGCCGCCAGAGAAUAAGACCUCAGAGUACGGACGCCCAAUGCAAAUGUCGUAUUCCGUGACACAAGAUGAGGAGAUGACAGAAGACAUGAAGAAUGAAAUGCUACAAUGCAUUGAGUACUAUGGACAGUUUGACAAUGAAUUAAUACGAUUUAGUGAUAUCUAUCGCGAUGAAGUGACGUACAUUGAGAAGAUGAAGGUGACACUGUAUCCGAAGUUUGCGAGAAAGCAGGAUAAUCGGGAGUUUUGGAAUUGGGUGCGAGUGAAGGUGGGCCUAGAGGAGGAGAAGGAAUUUGUUGUGCCGAAAACGGUGAUUGAUCAGAUGCUUGAGAAGCACCAGGAGAUGCUGCGGAAUGAGCAGCUAAGGCGAGAGGCUGAACUAAAGUCAAAGGAUGAGGGUAUGGAGAAGAAUUCACAUGAGGAGAGUGAAAUGAAGGGAGAUGGAGAGAAGGAGGAGAAUAAACAAGGUGGCCUCAAUGCCACAGAUAAGACUGAGAUGGAUCCCAAGUUGGACACAAAAGCUGACAGGGAUGAUAAGCAAACGCCACUUUUGUCGCAAAUAUCGAGUCUGCAGGAACAACUCAAUCUACCAAGUGGACUAAAUAUGAACCCUUCAACAUUGGCUACAGCCUUGGUUAUUCCUCAUGUUGCCGGGAAUAGUAAUAUGUCCAGCAAUGCAAGUUCGGCCACAAAUACCAACUCCUCCCCACGCGAUAGUCCCAUUACAAUCCCAUCGAGCUCAGCGAGUCCGGCAAAGUUUGAAAUACCAAUACGAGCAAGUCCCUCGCCAGCUAAAUCUGAUGCUUCAUCCUCCAGGACACGCAAUUCCCCAGCACAGAGUCCUGCCAAGUUUAAUGUGAACGAUGUUCUCCGGAAUAGCCCUUGUCGGACGCCAAACAACCAACACGUACCACCCGUAUCAACUCCAGUAUCCUCUUCAACUUCCUUGAGGCACGACAACAAUCCUCCAGCCGGAACGAGCUCUCUCAAAUACGACAGUGGAGGUCCUGCUGCAGCUGCUGCCAAUAUGAAUGAACUCUUUGCAGCGAGUCUAGCACAAUUGGCCAAGACUUUACCUCCUGGUUUACUAACCAAUGACUACGCAGCUCUCUUCCAGCAGACACCGGCCAAGAUGGCCAAUGACUACUACUCCAUGGCUGCAGCAGCAGCCGCCGCAGCUGCCAUGGGGAAUGGCAAGGGUUCCGGAAGUUCCCGCUCCAAUAGCAAUCUCAAGGACCUCAUGCAGCAAUUCAAUAAGAAUGAUCUCAGCAGCUACAUGAUGCAGUCACAGUACAAUCCUAUGUUGGGCAUGACACCACCGAGGCAAGAGCCCAAGGCGAACUCUGCUGCAUCCACAUCUUCCAGGAGCAAUAGCAAAUCAUCACGAUCGAAUCAAUCAGCCAGAACAAGUAAAUAUCUCGAUUCUCAGGCUAUUCCGGCAACGAGUAAGAGUCAACAGCAACAACAGCAGAGAUUAGCAGCUGGGUAUGAGUCUCUAAGAGCAGCUGAGGCCAAUCGGCAAUUGGCGGACUUUAUGAAGUCUACGGAAUACGCUUCGCUGCUCCUCCAACAAUCCGGAGCUUUAGGUUUUAAUCCAGCCCCCACGCCACCUACAACGUCAUCAGGGAAAAAGUCUCGCUCAAAGGCACAAUCAACAGCUUCCGCAAUGCCAUCAAUGGCUGAUCUGAGCUCCCUCCUUCAGGCAACGAGCAAAAUUCCCGAUCUAAGUAGCUUCUUCGGAGCUACAGGAGCUACGAAGCAGUCAGACUUUACGCAAUUUCUGCAACAAACUGUUGCGCCUCCCGUGACCUCAAUGGCAAGUAGCUCAGCAGCUAGUAGGAAGGCUGCAGCGGAUUUGUCAAGUUUUUACGGGAGUAAACUUCCGGAUUUGACGACCAUCACACCAGUAUCGUUGCCAUCGACAAGUACAGCAAAUAAUCUCACGAAUUUACCCCAUCUGCCCUCAAUGGCGGAUUUUUCGGCUCUUUUCGCGCCAGUUUUGGGUGCAGGAUCAUCCGGCAAGAAGGGAGGAGGCUCAAGUAACUCUAUGCCAACGAAUGACAUGCUGGGUACUCUCCUACAGGCGGGAAAGAUGAAUGAUAUCAAUUCACUGCUAUUUCCAGCGAGCAAUGGUAGUGGAAAGAUGACAAAUAUGUCUAAUUUAUCAAGUUACUUCUCUACACCGCUGGGUGCUGGAAAAUCAGAUGCAAUGUCUCUGUAUCCGAAUAUCUCAGCCACAGCUACGACAUCCACGGCAACGUCGUCAAGGCGUCAAAAGCAGGAGCAACGGCAGCAGGAACAGCGACAGCAGGAACAGCGGCAACAGGAGCAAAGACAGCAAGAACAGGAACUGGCGGCUCUGUAUCAACACAUGAAGUACCCAGGACUUCCGGAUCCACUGUCAAAGAGCACCUUGGCUGCCAAUAACAUGUACAUGAGCCCCUCGGCGGCACUGCUGAAAAUGCAGCAGGAAGCUCUCAGUGCCAUGAUGAUGAAACCCCCCAAGAGCACCUCAACGUCGUCAUCAACAUCCUCAACGGCCACCUCACGAACACCAGAUAUUCUUAGCAUUCCACCAUCAAUGUCACCCAUUCCUGAGAGACUCCUCACGGCUACCCCGUCAAAAUCAUCGGCAUCAUCAUCCUCUAGCCGCGGCAAUAGCCCUCAUAUGUCCCCCAAUCCCACCAAGUACAACUUCAGUGCCGUGGAUUUGGCAAUAUCUGCUGUACCAUCAUCCACUGGGGCACCCAUGAGGACCCCAACAUCCUCACCGCUCAUGGCUACGGAUCUAUCUGCUAAGAAGCUGUACAACCCAUCAAAUUCAUACGGUACUGCACCAGUGAAGAAGCGCAUGGAGUUCUCAUCAAUUGCCGAUCUCGUGGCGCCGCCACCGACAAAAAUGCAAAAGAUGGAUGAACAAGGACUCUCGGACGCAGAUGAUUCGGGAAUCCUCAAUUUAUCCAGCAACUGAUUUAAUGGCAGAAUUAAUGAGACAAUUGAAAAGAUUGAAAUGAAAAGCCUAAAUAAGAUCAAGACAGUAUGUUUUCUAAUGUUUAGCAAUUCAACUAACAUUUUCCUAUGUAUUUUUUUUGUUUAAUUUAAUCCCACAACUAAACAUAAUGAGAAUAGAAUUGAGAUUUUACUAUUUUUUAUACGAAUUGUGUUUGAGAAACGAAUAAUUGUGAUUUUUAUUUUUUAAUUUGUGCUUUUUAUGGUUUUUUGUAGCCUUAGUUCCUUCCUAUUUUUUUGUAUUAGAAUACUUUAGAAGUACCUACUAUUUUUUUUAACAUAAAAAAAGAAAAGCAUGAUAAGAUGAAACUAUUGCACAACCAAGUGACUGCGAAAAAUAAAUAUAUUUAUUAGUAUAACGAUACUAAAAAAGAAAAAUCUGCAUUCAUUCAGUCUGAAAAGUUAGAAAUUAUCUGAAUAUUAAAACAAAAAAAUAGUUUUAUGUAAAAUAGAGAUUUAGAUGAAGAAUAAAAAAAAACUUUGCCAUAACUCGAGAAAAAAAAAGAUUUUAAAACUCAAGACGGAUUUAAAAACAAUAAAUGCGAAAUAGUUUAUCCAUCGUAUAAUCCUUUAUUUUAUUAAGUUUUUUUAAUACAAAUAGCAUUACUAAAUCGACUUACACGGUACAUUAUGUAUCUUCUUCACAAUUUUUACCGUGAAGAAUCCUAUUAUAGACAAUGGUGUGAAAACCAGAUAAAAAAAGCCUGAAUGGUUUUAUUAAAAAAUCUCUAAUUUAUUAACCUAAAAAAUAGAAAGAAGAAGGAAAAAGAAAAAAACAUUUAUUUGACAAUUUACUUUAGAAUAAAAUGAAGAAUUAGCAUUUUACAGUGCAGUGUAAUGAAUUAGGAAAAAGAAGAUUUAAAAAAAGUGACAGAAAAUGUUAGAAAAAGAAAUGCAGCUCUUAAAGAAAAAAAAAAGAUGAAAAAAUUGAUUUAAGAAAACAAAUAUAAUUAUAUAUUUAAUAAUAUACAUUUUAAUGUGUGUAUUAGCAGAAGAAAAAAAUUUGCUGCCUGUAGCAAAUUUUAGAAAUUAUUAAUUCGUUACGAAAUAAGAUUCAAUCUACAAUUAAAUAAUGCAUUAUAAUUUUAAUCAAUUUGACUAAUAAAAAAGAAAUAACAUUUAGAAAAGUAUGUAAAAAAAAUAUAUAAAAAAUGAAAUUUGAAAAUUAAAAAAAAAGAGUAAGAAAAGCUCUAGAAAUAAAAGAAAUGACAAGAACACAACUAAUAAAUUAAAAAAAAGAAUAAAAAGAGAACAUUAGGAUCAUAUUUAGUUUAAAAAAUAAAGUAUCUAUACUACUAGUUGAUAAAAGGGAAUAGAAAGUGAAACGGACGAACAGAAUUUACAUUUUAAAAGGAAGAAAGAAAAAAAAACAUUGACGUUUCUUUGAGCUAAAAAGAAAAGAAUAGAUUAUCGAAAAGAAAAUUGGAAAAAGAAAUGACAAAAAUUGAUGAAAAAAGAAAAGAUAUCUUGAAGAGUUUUAUUUAUUGAUGACUGUAUGUAAACGAUAGUAUAAUGUAUACUGAAUGUAUCUCUUUUAUUUGAUUUUUUUUUAAUUUUUACAUAUUGUAGAAUGAUGAGACGAAAAAAAAUGAA